AUGUCGAAAGAUGGCAAGAUGAUAACCCUGAAGAGCUUUGACGCUGUGGUUUUCAAAGUUGAAGAGAUAGUUGCCCUGGAGUCUCAGACCAUCAAACUUAUGAUCGAGGACGAUUGCGCCGAUAACGAAAUUCCCGUUCCCAACGUGUCCGGAAAGAUCCUCGCCAUGGUCAUUGAGUUCUGUAAGAAGCAUGUUGAAGCCGCCGCCGCCGGUGACAAAGCCAAGAUCGAGGCAUAUGAUUCUGAAUUCGUCAAAGUCGACCAGGCCACCCUUAUCGAACUUAUUCUGGCUGCUAACUAUCUGAAUAUCAAAAGUCUUCUGGAUCUUACUUGCAAAUCUGUUGCAGACAUGAUUGUGGGGAAAACACCAGACGAGGUUCGCAAGAUAUUCAACAUAGAAAAUGACUUUACUCCUGAAGAAGAAGAGGAGAUCCGAAGAGAGAACGCAUGGGCUUUUGAGUAG